AUGCUCGAGGUGCCUGGCAUCGCUUGCUACCCUGCCAGUGUCGAUAUUCUGGGAGAGCUCGAUUCUAUGCAGGAUGAAGAUUUCACGGACCAGUGGCAGUUUGACAGACGUGUCUACUCGGUGAUCAGGCGUGCGCGUGACAGCCACCUUCAGCUUUCUCUUUGCUCAAUGGACAUCUUCCGCUUCCAUGUCAUGUCGAAUGGGCUAGUUUCGGUCUCGGACAAUGGGACAAGCCUUCCCGAGGUGUACUUUGUCAAUGAUAUUCAGGCUCUUGAGGCAGGCCAAACACAAAUAUCUCCGAUCGCUCGGAUCAACGGCGAGGACGUUCGAAUCUUCCUUGAGCAUUCGGACAGCCCUGUGCCUGUCCGCCAGGAUCCAGACGCCCACUACAAUAGCUUGUUCUUUUCGUAUGCUUCUGAGGCCGCAUUGUGGCCCCUGAAAGGUCAACUGGUCCAUCUCGGUCGUUUCGAAUUCGGUGCGGAAUCGCUUCAUUUUGAAUUUCACAACGGUUCAACCACCGCGUUGCCGAUUAUGGCUUCAGUGUCUAGCCCGGACCAAUUUCUUGUCGAUGGUGUCGAUAGCCAGACGCUCUACCAUAAAAAGUGUCUCCUGGAUGACCCGUCGCCCGUACUCAAUCCUCCAAAUGAACCUAGGGUCGAUCGCCUCGAGCAGGAAGCACUGAAUCCCAUCCUCGGGUACCCAGAGCCGUCCUUUCUAGACAAAAACCAUCACCCAAUAAGCUACAACCUAGACCACGACGCGCUGGUCUUGCAUAUCCCCGUCUUCUCCCACGUAUUCAUCGAUCCUAGCUAUCUGACCGUCGACGCAAUGGCGGACUAUGUAAACAUUGUCUUACUCGCCCUUGACGAAGGCCGAAACAGGCUCAUUAUCGACAUAACUGGAAACAUUGGAGGAGACGCCAUGAGGGCUUUUUAUCUGUUCAAGCUGCUGUUUCCCGACAAGGUCCCUCACAUUGCCUCUCGUGUGCGCCGAAGCAAAGCACUUGACCUCAUCACCUACGCAAGCCAGCUGGCAACCGAGGACGAAUUCGAUCACGCUUCCCUGCUUCAAUACUUGAACUACCCCUACCUUGCCACCCCAGAUCUCGAGGGGGGGGGGAUUUGCCGACAUUGA